AGCGCCACAAUGGUGACCCGAGCAGAACCCAGCGUAACUCCCCACGCCGAACCACUGUUCGCGGAGCCCAUACAGAACAUAACGGUGCCUGUUGGAAGAAAGGUGACCUUGUCUUGCGUCGUCGACAACCUCAACAACUACAGGGUGGCCUGGAUGUACGUGGAGAAGUUCACGCUGCUGACACUGGCGAAGAGCGUGAUCACGCACAACUACCGCUUCAAGGUGACGCACAACGGCCACCGCACAUGGCACUUGCACAUCUACGACGUCCAAGAGCGGGACCGGGGAGCGUACAUGUGUCAAAUCAACACAUCGCCCAUGAAGUCCCAGGUCGGAUACCUCAACGUUGUUGUGCCGCCCAAAAUUGACAACAACCUCACGAGCGACAGCACGGAAGUGGCUGAAGGAGGUGACGUGGCACUGCGUUGCGUGGCGAAUGGGACACCGGAACCGGAAAUCACGUGGCGGAGGGAGGACGCCCAGUACAUCUCGCUCAACCCAUCCAAGAAAGUAUUGUCGGUGAAAGGCACCUGGAUGAACAUCACGAAGGUGUCCCGCCUGCACAUGAGUGCCUACCUGUGCAUCGCCUCCAACGGUGUGCUACCUUCGGUCAGCAAGCGGAUCAUCCUUGAAGUCAGCUUCGCGCCCAUGAUCUGGAUCCCGAAUCAGCUGGUCGGCGCGAGCAUCGACUCGGACGUGACCCUGGACUGCAACCUAGAGUCGCACCCAAGGUCGGUCACCUACUGGACUCGGGGCGCGGACCGCAUGAUACACCAGAACGUCAAGUACUCGGUGGUCACCAUGCAGCACACCAUGUACAAGGUGCGCAUGCAACUUGUCGUACACCGGCUCAAGCCGGAAGACUACGGAGAGUACCACUGUGCGGCCAAGAACACGCUCGGCGAGACCAAGGGCACGGUCAACCUCUACGAGAUACCUGCAAGCUCCGUACCCACGUCCCACUCGACGCUUAUCUCGAAAGGUGUCCACGGAAAGCUACCUGACAAGGAAUGGAAUAACUCGCCGCAUCUCCGCAGCUCUGGCUCGUCGCGUGACUGGUGGCAGAACUUGUACGGUAACGAGACAGAUCCUUGGUCUCCGCUUACGCCUGCUGUGGUGAAUCUUAAAGCCACUGCAAACUGCGGUGCAUGUCCCAGCAUUACGAGCUCGACGUUUCCAGCCCGGCUGCUCGUGAGUUUUUUGUCACUACUCGCAACUGCAGUUUCGUGAUCGCCGACAGAGAAGUCUUCAGAAUGAAGUCUUCAUCACACACGUCUCACUGCCGCACAAGGCACUCCGGGAGGCAUAUCCUGCUGCUGCCAAGACACCUGCAAUCUUCAAGUGUGUGGGUGUGCGCGCGCGCAUGUGAUAGACUCCAGGCAAGAGUAUCGGGCCCAGCUUCCUCGUCAAACUUUCCAACAGGUUCACCACCGAUGAUUCACUGAAUCAGCUACGCCGUUUCCUACGAGCUCGCGGUCAUCAACUCACCAACUUUCAUCAGCUCCGUGAGCACCAAAACUUCCCUAGACAUUCACUGAAGCCACCCUUUCAUGGACAUAUUACAUAUGAUUGAAUGUUCCUAAUAGAUGGUUCUUUCUUAAUUCAUUUUCUCUUUACAAAACAAAAGAAAUCUGUUUAAUUACCGCAGCAUUAAGAGCUAUCGUUUGUGUUGUGUCAUUACGCCCUUGCCUGCACGCCAUGAACAAUUCACGCGAGGACAAGAGCGUGCGAUGCAAAGCACAAAUAAGAGAGAUACAACGUUGCCACCCACUGGUUCUUCAUUCUGCUCUUUGGCAUGGACCUUGUGUUGCGCCCUUCAUUACCAACACGCAGGGACAAAAAUAAAAUAAACAAAGAGGAAAUUGUGUAAAGAGGUGAUUACUCACUUUUAUCCACAAUAACACGCACCAGUGUUGGAAGGCAGCACCAAGAACCAAAUUUCGUACUCCACAUUAGUAUUGUCUUGACUCGUCGCCUGCAGUAGAAAUGGAGGGGAUCUAAAAACCACCUGGUUCACUUGAGAUUAAAUCAACAGUUCUCAUAAAUAGUGUUCUAUAUUUAAUCGCAAUUUCUGUAAGUAU